AUGACUGUCACGGUGAAAGAGGAGGAGGAGACUGGAGAUCUGAUUAACACCAGAGAGAGACACGACUAUCCUGGAUCCUCUGGGGAGCCUCAACAACAUCCUGAUGCUGACGAGGAAGAAAAGAGUCUCUCCAGAUCAGCACACAAGAUGGACAACGCUAGCCCUUCCUCCCUCCCGGAGUCCCCGUGUCGUGCCUCUCCCAGUAGCACCUUACUGCUGGGUAUGAAGAGGUUGUCUGUGCUGCUGGUGGACUGCAGGAAAACAACGGGGCUGAGUGGAACUGUGAGAGGAGGAGAAGAGAUGAAAGGAUCAGAUUUGACUCAUCAAAGAGAAAGACCAGACUCAGAGGAACCAGAGACGUCCAAACCAGCAAGACGACACCACUGCUCCCACUGUGGAAAGGGUUUUAACCAGUUAGGGGACCUGAAAACACAUGAGAGAAUACAUACAGGAGAAAAGCCAUACCACUGCUCCAAGUGUGAAAAAGGUUUUAACCAGUUAGGAAACUUGAAGCGGCAUGAGAGAAUACAUACAGGAGAAAAGCCGUACCACUGCUCCCACUGUGGAAAGGGUUUUAACCAGUUGUGGGACCUGAAAGGCCACAAGACUUUGCACACAGCGGAGAAGCCUUAUCACUGCUCCCUUUGCGGAAAGAGUUUUACAGUGUUAGGGAGCUUGAAAAUACACGAGAUAAAUCACACAAGGGAGACGCCUUACCACUGCUCCCAGUGUGAAAACAGUUUUACCGAGUUAGGGAGCCUGAAAAUACACGAGAGAAUACACACAGGAGAGAAGCCUUACUACUGCUCCCAGUGUGGAAAGAGAUUUACCCAGUUAGAAAGUCUGAAAGAGCAUAAGAUACUGCAUACAAGGGAGAAGCCUUACCCCUGCUCCCUUUGUGUAAAGAGAUUUUCCUCAUCAGGGUGCCUGAAAAGACAUGAGAGGACACACACAGGCGAUAAACCUUUCCAAUGCUCCCAGUGUGGAAAGAGUUUUUCCUUGUUAGCGAGCCUGAAAAGACAUGAGAGGACACACACAGGAAAUAAGACUCAUCACUGCCCCCAGUGUGGAAAGAGUUUUAAGCUGAAAGGACAACUGAACCAGCAUGAGAGAAUACACACAGGGGAGAAGCCAUACCACUGCUCCCAGUGUGAAAAGAGUUUUGCCUGGUUAGGGGACCUGAGAAGACAUGAGAGGACGCACACGGGAGAGAAGCCUCAUCACUGCUCCCAGUGUGGAAAGCGUUUUACCCAGUUAAGACACAUGAAAAGACAUGAGAUAAUACACACAGGAGAUAAGAACGUAGGCUGAACAGUGAGACAUAGGACAGAUGUAGGCUGCUGAACAGUAGGACAUAGGACAGAUAUAGACUGAACAGUGGAACAGAGGACAGAUGAAGGCCCAAUACAUGAUGGGACAGUAGUCCCCAGACACUCUGAAUGUGUCUUGACUUUCGGGUUUUUUUCCUCCUGCAUGUAUUAUAAAGGAUUGUGUUUGUGGAUGUGUUUUCUGGGUGAGGGUUUGGUUUGUGCCCGAGCACAGCUGAUUCAAAGAACCAACUCAUCAUCAAGCUUUUCUUAUUUGAAUGGGCUGUGUAGUGUUAGAGGACCUGAAAGAAUACAGAGGUUUUGUUCUGGCUGUUGUUUUUGACUGAGAAUUGUUCUGACUUUUCUCUUUUUCUUUUAAGUUGUUGAAAUGUUCCCGGAAUCACUGACCUUCACAUCUUAAAGUAAUGAUGGACUAUCAUUUAGCUGUCUUCAGUAUACCACCCCUACCUUGUCACAACACAACUGAUUGGCUCAAACACAUUAAGAAGGAAAGAAAUUGCACAAAUUAACUUUU